GAAACGGUGAUUUGUGAGGAGCCUUCAAGGACUCCUAUCGAAUAGCUGAGGAUGCAUAAGCGCGGGACGAAAGCCAAGGCGAAGCGGGACUCCCAGACUUCAGGCGAUAGACGGUCCAGAGGUGAGGAAGGCGGCGCUAUGGGGCCUAUUGAUUUUGAGUUGAGCCCCGAACUUCAAGAAGGUGCCGAAUUCGAAGAAGCGGUGAGAGGAGCACAACGACACAAGCAUCGCUGCCGCGGCAUGACAAGAGAAUAUUCAUUCAUGCCAUUUGUGCGUCUUUCAGCUUUCAGGAAGGCAUUUCGAGCCGAACAAGGCCGUCUUACGUCAUGGGGGCGGCAAGUCUGGCGGUCCGACUCGGGGCAACGCAGCGAGAGGCGAAGACGCUGCCGGGCCUGCUGAGUCGCAGAAGGAGCUCCGGGAGCGCGUGGAGGCCGAGCAGAUGAAUGAGAGGAAGAAGGCCCAGCUGAAGGAGCGCACCAGCAUCCGACAACAACUAGGGUGGAAACUCGCAGAGCGACGUGAGAGGGAGCGAGAAGGUCCAUGCGGAGGGGGAGGGGACGGACGUGGCCCAGGCAGCCGAGUCAGGCGACCCGCCGCCGGCACACAGCAGACGAGGGCGGCGGAGAUUGAAGAGAUAGAGGAACAGGCCAGCACCCGUCAUGACGAGCGGGGUGGGGAGGAUGAUGACGGUCUGGCGCCGUGUUUUCGCCGGCUCAAGUUGGACCCCGAAUCGCAGGCUGCGACAGCCGACCCCUGCCUCAACUGCUCCCGCCCCCAAUCCUUCUCGUUUCCCGGAACCGCCGAGCUGCAGCGAUACGUCUCACUCGACCUGGAGAAGAAAGCCGGGACGUUCUGCAACAUGCUGGUCAAGUCAUCAUGUCUCUUCUGCGCCAUCCCGCAGUUGCCCGAGCUCUCCGCAGAGGACCCGCAGCUCUUUGUACCGGCUUCUGUGCAGCUCAGCGUCUCGGGGCCCAGUGGGGCGCCGAAGGCCUUCAGCGGCACAUAUCGCCGUGUCGCUGCUCAUCGCUACGUCCAGGACAAGGAGGGUGAGGGCCAGGUGUAUGAGCUGAAUCGCUAUGUUGUCCCUGGACCAGACUGCUUCUAUCGCGGCAACGGUGCAUGGCUGUUGACCAAGGCCGACGGUGCCUGUGCGGGGGGCAACGACACACCGGUCAUCGCGUAUGGGGCCAGGCAGGUGGGCGGCUUCGCGGGCCCUUCCACUCCCGUGAUAUGCGGCUUGGGGUCAGAAGUGGGGGACAAGUGGUACGUGAGGACAGGCCAUGGCCCAUCGGCAUCCUAUGUCCCCGCACAAGACUCCACAGCGUACUCCGAGAUACCCAUCUCAUGCGCCCUGCCGGUCGUGCGACAGGAGGGCGGCAAGAAUGGGAGGCGGAGGCUGGUGAUGGAUCGCAGGGUGGUCAUGGUGCGAGACACCUUCAGCUGGCCUGAGGUCGUGGGCGCCAUCGUCAGCGAGUUCCUACCAGAUGACCGACCACCACAUCUCGAGCGGUGUUUCGAGCCCCUUGUCUGCCUUCAUCCCGAUGAGCCCCUUUCUGCGCUCAGCAGAGACACCAGCGUGGCGGCCGACAUCGUCGAGACCCUCCACUUGGAGUCCAUCCCCGACACCUGGAAUGUGCCACUUGGGAGCAUCCAGCAGGGCACGGUGCCCCCGUUGCUCGAGUGGCUUAGGCGGGUGGAUGCAGAGGACUACGUGCAGAUGGUGCUGGUGCCGUCUCUUGAGGCCAAGUGCACAGUCUGCCAGACAAUGUGAGACAAAAGGGCUCAGAGGCGCACAGAGACUGAGGGAGAGAGGAAGGGAGGGAGGGAGGGAGGGAGGCCAGGAAUUGUGCACGUCCUCAUGCGCAAUUCUGUGUCUCUGUGUGCAGGCCUUAUGGUCGCAAUUGGUCGCGGAUCCUCCUGCUUAUCGAUGCACCAAAGGGGUCGUCACCUGACCAGCCCACUCUGUAUAUCCGCGGCGCGGACCUCGUGUGUGGCGCGUGUUUCAAGCUUGGCGACGCUGCCCUUGCCGCCAAACGCGGGGCCGCCGUCGCCACCCCCUCAUCCUCCGACGCUUCCUCACCUGUCAUCAGAGAGACGCUGCCCCCUCUGGUCGGCAGUCCAGAGAUCCACAACGGCGUCUCCCCCCUGCCCCCUCCCUCGCUGCCGCUGGAGCCGUCGGGUCCUGCCCCUCCGCCCCAGGCGGACGACAAGAAAGGCAAGAAGAACAAGCGCAGAGGCGGCAAGAAGAACAGGAAGAAGGCCAGGGACGAGGAGCCGCAGGACGGACAGGACCACGAUGGGGCGCCCAACCGACAGCUGCAGACACACCAGCAGCACCCUUCUGCAGUGGCACCCGCUGUCUUCGGCACACCACCGCCUCCCAGGUCGCCCCCGAGGCUGUUUGGCGGCGUGGAUGCGGUGGAGCAGCAGGAGGUGGCAGGGCUGGCGUGGGAGGAGAAUGUGCUGCGCAAAUUCGGGCCCAUGGAUGAGGGGACACUUCUGAGCAGGAAUGUGCAUGUGAGUGACUGGAGGAGAAAUGAGACGCCAUGGCUCAGUCUGCAUUCAUUCUGUGCUGUUGUUCCAUUGGUCCACUCAGGUCAACAGCAAUCGCAUCCGUCGCAGUCUUCGCAAUGUGCGCCAGUCUAUUGUGCGCCAGUCUCAUGUGCGCAACGAGCCGUCCUCCUCACCCCCAUCCCCCUUGGCGUCAUCCGGCUCAUCCACUCCCGCACAGUUCACCUUUGGCGCGCCACCUGCCGCCCCCAAUGUGCGUCCCAGAGACGUGCCAUCCGUGCCGUUCUUCUCACCUGGCCCCCCGAAUGUUCCGUCCCUGGAGAGGGCCAGGUGGAGGGAGUACGCGGCCGCAGUGGAGGGCAACAUGGGAGAGGUGGGGGCCGGUGAGGGGCAGCAGAGGGACAACAGGGGCCGUGCUGGACACCCGGCAGCCUUCAUGGUGAACACCAUCCAGCGGCUGGAGAAGACGUGAGUGCAGACGAGGAAGCGCUUUGGCGAAUUUGGCUAUGGGGCAUGGAUUGAUCGGUGUGCGUGCUGCAGUGUGGCGAUGAAGACAUCGUUGCAGAUCUCUGCUGCUUACACCCUGGCUAAGCGGAACCUUCAAGUGAUUCACCUGGAAUCACAGGUCCGUCUCUCGGACCGGAGGUAAGACGGCCGGCCAUGUGCUCACAAGCAAAUAUCUCCGUUGUGUCCACACCGGCUGCUUUUAGGGUUGAAGAGCUGGAGAGGAGUUUGUCUGACGUACGCCGGCAGCUGUCGGAAGAAAGGUCAGAGCAAUCAAGAUGGAACGGCUUUCAUUUCACACACAUAUUGCGUGCGUCUCCCCCACAUCAACAGGAAGGGGAAGCACCCUGACACCAUCAAACGCCGACUUGGGUCUCGACAAAUACUAGAGCACGCACACACAUGCACACAACUAGACAUGGAUGGCGCAUGUGUCUUGCUUGCGUGUGUGCGCGUGAACAUGUUUGCCCUCAGGCUGGGCACUGCGGAGCGCAUCGACAACCUCGGCCGCCGGGAGCUGUCCGAAUUGCAGAGUGACGUCGUGGCAUCGAUGCGCGACCUCAGCAGGCUCGAUGCCGCAAUCACCAAACGAAAGAAAGAGGUCGACUGGUAAAAGACGAGGACCACACACAGUGACACGGGCUGACACGCAUCGACCUCCUGAAUGAGUGCCUGCCUGCCUGCCCGCUUGUGUCUCCUUCCUCCCCCAGGUCAUCAACCUGGGGUGCACACGAUCCGCUGAGUAGCUUUGUCGUUGAAGCGCCUGGUGGCGCACCGGAGGGUCCCAACCAGGACGCUUCACCCGCUUCACCAGCCGCUGCGUCUGCGCCCGAGGAGACCUGCCCGUCCUCCCCGUCCCCUUCUGCCCUCGAUCUGCAUGCGCCGUGGUUCACCAGCGUCCGGCGUGUGUUCAAGAAGCAGCAGGAGGAGGCCAAAGAUAAAGGGGGGAACGGUGAGGCAGGCAAGAGAGCGGGAGGAAGGGCCGCGAGCGGGACAUGAUGGGUCGAUGGAUGGAAAUUUUGAUUGCAGCAGUGGACACGCAUGUAUGUUGGUUGAUACGGGUGAGAUGGCUGGAUCGACAGAGGUGUCUCUGGCCGAAUGAAUGAGUGGGUGGAUGGGCGGGUGGGUGCGUGGCUGGCUGGCCCUCGAUGGGUGGACAAAUGCAGAAAAGAAAUGACCUCUGAUGGAAUGGACGG